GGUCGCAACGUCACAGGCAACGGCCGCCAUUUUGACUGAGCAACCCUAGUGACAGGAGCCGAAGCAGCAGUGCAGGUUGUCCCCGUUUCCCCUCCCCCUUCCCUUCUCCGGCUGACUUCCCGGGACCCCUACACGCCACAGUCCCGGUCCUGCCAUGUCCCAAAAACAAGACGAAGAGAACCCUGCGGAGGAGACCGGCGAGGAGAAACAGGACACGCAGGAGAAAGAAGGUAUUCUCCCUGAGAGAGCUGAGGAGGCAAAGCUAAAGGCCAAAUAUCCAAGUCUAGGACAAAAGCCUGGAGGCUCUGACUUCCUCAUGAAGAGACUCCAGAAAGGGCAAAAAUACUUUGACUCAGGAGACUACAACAUGGCCAAAGCCAAGAUGAAGAAUAAGCAGCUGCCAAGUACAGGACCAGAUAAGAACCUGGUGACUGGUGACCACAUCCCCACCCCACAGGAUCUGCCCCAGAGAAAGUCCUCGCUCGUCACCAGCAAGCUUGCGGGUGGCCAAGUUGAGUGAUGCUGCCCGGGGCUCCGCCAGAUCCUGAGACGCUGCCCCCCUGGGUCCUGUGCUGGCUCCUGCCUCUCCCUGCUUUUGCAGCCAGGGGUCAGGAGGUGGCUCGGGCACGGGCUGGAGAGGCAGAAGCCCCUGCCCGUCGGUGUCCCAGCGCAUGGAGCCCCUUGGGCUGAGCACCAAGACCUUGAACCUUUUUUAUUUUACCUUUUUCCCAAAUAACUGUUGGGAGAAAUCUCAAUGAAAUCCUGGGGGUGGGAUUGAGAGGGUGGGGUGGGAGAUUUGGGAGAAUAUGAAUUAGGGCUCGGAGUUGAUAAAAACAUUCCUAACCAUCCUCCUCCUUGACCCUGUGACUGGUGUAGGGUAGGUGUGAGGGGGAGGAAGCGGAGUAGACUAAAGGUAAGGAGUUCUAGUUCAGUUCUGUGGAUAAAUGCCUUUGGAUAUGGCUGGAGACCUGGUGCCAGACAAAAGAAACUCAGCCUACAUACAACAGAUUCAAACAGCUCCUCUGAUUCUGUAGAGCUAGCUGAGAACCUAAUGUUAAUUGUUCAUUUAAAAAAGUGCUGUCCUUGAAAUAGAUUUGAUGUGGGGAGAGGGGAGUGAGUGUGGGGGAAAGGAGCCAUGAGCAUGGGGAGCCCCACAGAGCCCAGGGGACUUUUUCAGUAUUUGAAAUAAAAAACAAAAAAAGACCCACAAAAAAACCCAACCCAGAAAUA